UUCAAUUUUUUUUUUGAUGCAUGCAUUCUCUGGGAUCCUCUCGUUUGACCUGUAAUUACGUCCAACAGUUGAUUGACCGAACUCGCCUGCAAACGUGAACUCGUAGGAACGUAGCAAGACCCCAUCGGGCUUUUGUGAUUAGAGAGCACAAUUACACAUCCACACAGAUCAUAUUGAGCCGUCCAUCCCUGAACAGGAAGCAAACACAGUUAGCAUCGUCAUCUACACCCGUUUCACGAAACUAGCAAUGGGAGCAAGCUGUUGUAAAGAAGAAGCAAUUGACUUCAACUCUGAGAUCGAGCUUUCGCACUUCCAUCUGCUUCGCUCUGUGGGGAAGGGCGCCUUUGGCAAGGUCCGUGUUGUGCAGCACAAAAAGAGCAAGGAGAUUUAUGCUCUCAAGUACAUUAACAAGGCAAAAUGCAUCCGCAUGCGUGCGGUCGAGAACAUUAUCCAGGAACGGCGGCUACUGGAAGAGGUCGAGUUCUCGUUGAUCUGUAAUCUUCGGUACGCAUUCCAGGACGACGAAAAUAUGUUUAUGGUACUGGACUUGAUGCUGGGUGGAGAUCUUCGGUUCCAUUUGGAGAGAGCUGGACCAAUGAAGGAAGAUGUUGUUCGGUUUUAUGUCGCAGAGUUGGCCCUGGCACUGGAUGCGUUGCAUGCACGGAGGAUUAUUCAUAGGGAUUUGAAGCCAGACAAUGUCCUGCUGGACGAGCAUGGGCAUGUCCAUCUGACGGACUUUAACAUUGCAGUCUACUUCAAUCCAGCAAAGCCGUUGAUGUCAAUAGCCGGAAGCAUGGCUUAUAUGGCCCCAGAAGUUCUACUCAGGAUGGGCUAUCUCGAGUCAGUGGAUUGGUGGAGCCUGGGCGUGGUCAUGUUUGAGCUGCUCUUUGGGAGGCGUCCAUUUAGAGGAAAGAGCAAUGACUUGUUGACGAACUCAAUAUUGUACGAUCCUCUUCCUUUCCCCAAGAACGUGGAGACUAUAGUCAGCGCUCCGUGUCUCGAUGUACUCUCAAGGCUAUGCGAGCGAGACAUCAACAAGCGACUCGGAUGCACGUCGGGAGGGCUUGAUGAGAUCAAGAGUCACCCAUGGUUCCAAGGCAUCGAGUGGGGCAAACUCGUAUCAAAAGAGGCCAUUCCUCCAUUUGAGCCUGAUUCCAAACGCGCCAAUUUUGACGCGACUCAUGAAUUGGAAGAACUUCUGAUGGAGGACAAUCCCUUAAAGGCUAAGAAGCGAGCUCAGACGAGCCCAGAGAGGGAGCUCUCGGCAGAGGUGCAGAUGAUGGAAGACAAGUUCACUGUCUAUGAUUUCACAAAGGUCAAACGUUCACAUUCGCUCAGCCAACCUGCCUCCGGCGGCAAGUCUCUGCUCCGCGCCGGGUCUGCAGGCAAUGCCCGUGAGCGCAAGAAUAAUGCGAGCAGCACAACUCCGGAUGGUGUAUUAUCGACCUGGAACAGUUCCGUUCGAGUCGAGAACAUAUCUAGUGCUCCUACGAAGGCCUACUGCCCUGAGAGUCCCAGCGACCUCGUUGGACAGAAAAGGUUCAAUCCGGACGAGGACCAAAUCUCGUUGAUCAGUAUGAGCGAGGCAUCAAAUAUCAAUAUCAACAGUGCAGUACAACAAGUGCAGAUAAAAGAGCAAGAGUAUCAAUUCCCCUUAGCUGAAGUCGAAAAGGAGGCCUUGCAACAGCGAGACCAGCAACCACAGCAAGAUGGCGACUCGGUAGUUUCGCUCCCGUUGAAUAGUAUGACUAUAGCAGGACCACUAGAGCAGCAAAGCUCACGGGACCAUUUCGCCAGCGGUGUGCUUUCAGAGUAUGUGGAUUCGCCUACUCCCACAUCUCCGUCUAUCUCCUCCGGGUACUCGACCACAUCAACGUCGCCGACGACCUAUAACAACUCUCCAGCUGCACAAAAAUCUAGAAUCCUUGGUCAAUCACUUUAUUCAACUCCCGACUCGGGAAUGUCACUUUCGAGUAUGGCCAACGUCGGCUCAGAAGCGGCUCUGCUGAUGGAUUCAGCCUCGAUCCCUACACCAAUCUCUAUGCGCACAAGGGCUUUGAGGGACCGACAGCUAUCGCAGAACAUCAAGGGCGGACGUGCGUUUGAACUGAACGCACAGGCACAACAGGAGAAACAGCAGUACCAGGCUUCUGUACAUGCUCGGCCCUUGAGCACAUAUACGGCCAGUAACGCGGGGUCAUUGCACGAAAGUCCGUUGGACUCCUAGGACGCAAAACCGAUGGCACUGGGACGUCAGCGCCCAUUCAGGGCGUCA